AUGGCCCUGUUCUACCCCAUGGCUGUGGGCCUCAACAAGGGCCACACAGUGACGAAGAAUGUCAGCAAGCUGAGACAGAGGCGGUGCCGCGGGCACCUCACCAAACACACCAAGUCUGUGUGGGAUAUGAUCCAGGAGGUGUGCAGCUUCGUGUCCUAUGACACCGGCGUGCCACGGAGCUGCACAAAGGACAAGGACAAGCCCGCACUCAAGUUCAUCAAGAAGAGGGUGGGCACGCACAUCCGUGCCAAGAGAAAGUGGGAGGAGCUGAGCAAUGUGCUGGCAGCCAAGGAUUGA